AUGCCUUUGUUGUCACUCAUAUCCACGAUCAAAGUCAAACCCAUACAUAAACGUACAUACCCACUUGGUGAUUCUGGUGGAUCGCCAACACAAACACUGAGACUCAGAGGUGGAUGUGCAUCAGCAAGUAAUGUGAGUUGCAGGCAUAAUUUAAGAUUAUCAUUCUAUACUCUUGAUGUUGGCGGUACCAAGAAAAGCAAGAAGAAGAGAAGGAAGAAGGGUGGGAAAGGGUUGAGUAGUGGAUCAUGGAUGGGAUGCGGUGGUGGUGGAUGUUGA